AUGUGUAGAUGUAGCACGGUAAUGUUCGGUGAAUUCGUUCUGCUGUCGAUUCCAGCUGCUCUUCUCGCUUGCGCCACUCUUCCACCUGGUCAAGAGAGAAUAAUCACAUUCCGAGGAGAGGGACUUACAACAAUCCCUCUCGAGAUUGCUUACUCAACUGAUACGGCGGUGCAGACUGCUAACCCGACAAUAUCGAAGACAUCGGCUGAUGCUGUUAAAAUUCUCCGACAAUAUGUGAAAAAAGCGGUGACUGCAGUAAUCAAAGAAGAAGCGAAGAAAGCGGGCCUUGAGAAUCUCGCGUCGGACAUAGGAAAACAAAUCAAACCAACUCCGUACUACACACCUAUCGAUUGUUCAGAAGUUGGAACUACGGCUGCAGCUCCUUCUAAUACCAGUGGCUUCUCUUGUGUAUUAGAAAACGGAAUCAUUACGAAAGUAGCGUACAGCCAACAAAAUACUGCUGAUGUUCCGGUAUACUUCCAGCAAUUCACAAUCGUCCUUUCCAUUUCCAAUUCUUUCGUCGGUGGAUGGAACAGAGACCAGUGGGAUACCGUUUUGCUUAGAGCGCAGAGCAAAUUGGCAACUGGAACGUACGGGACAAGUUUCAGAACAGUCACUCUUGUACAGUUAUGA